AUGGAACCUUUUAGCUUACUCAAAUUCUGGCGCACUUCUUCCGGCUCCGAGGCCGAUUCUGUCAUCACCCACACAACUAACGUGGACGUCCGGUGUCGGGCUCCCGAGACCGACGAAGAAUCCGACUCUGAAAUCGACAGUGACGAUGAUUCUUUCUUUGAUCUGGAGCUCACUCGCUCGACUCCCGACUUCUCUCUGGUCGGAGAGGAGGAGGAAGACAGCAUUGGGAAUUUAUUAGGCCUUGAGACUCCACUGAAAGCUAAGGUUUUCACAGUUGAUUCCAACUCCAAGCCUCAAUCUCCUAUUUCCUUGCUCAAGUCCGCACCGAAAUUCAGGGUGUUCUUGUUGGGUUUCCGGAAGCCCAAACCGGAGAAGCCUGAAGCCAAUAUCAAAAGUAAAGAAGCUUCUAAGAUUGCUUCAAAGGAGGCCAAGAGCAAGAGAUUCACCAUCAAUUACUGCAAAGACGAAGAAGUUUCAAUUGGGUCUUUGUUCUCAAGGGACAACAGUUUGAGAAGCAAAUUACAGAAUGAACGCUCGGUUGAUUACUCAAUGGAAGAUCCCACCUCGAAAUCAUUGCCCAAAGAUCAAGUUCCAAAAUAUUUGAAGCUGAUUAAGCCUCUUUAUAACAGAGCUUCCAGGAGAUACACUCAUGCGGAUCCCAAUUGGGAUCAGUUUUCCACGGUUUCGCCGUUAUCAUCUCCGGCGACGUUGCCGUCGAAUUCUCCUAGGAAGUUUUCAUCCGACGAGAGGCGCGGGAAUCGAGGCGCGGGUUUUAGAAUUGUGGGCAAGCACCUGGGGAAGAGUCGAUCUGCAUCAUCCGCCGUGGGGAUGACGGCGUCGUCGCCGGCGAACCGGAGGGACGAUUCACUGUUGCUUCAGAACGACGGGAUCCAGAGCGCAAUUCUCCAUUGCAAGAGGUCGUUCAACUCAUCAUCAUCAAUCGGCAAAGUUUCAAUCCCUUCAGAUUGUUCAGCCGUUCUACGCGCUUGUCACGAGAAAACAAUGAGUCAAACAUUCGAGUUAAACUUGUUCAGUGAACGGAACAGAUGCAGUAGCAUAUGA